AGCGCGCGGGCGGUGCUAGUGGCGGGAGGAGUAAAGAUGGCGGUGCUGUGGUCUCCGCCUUCUGCUCCCGGCUGAAGCGCUCUGAGGGAGGCGGCAGCGGCAACACAAGCCGCACCAACAGUCUAGUGGUGGUAGUUUCGGCAGCACCUUCCCAGGCCGGAGCCAUGGCGGAGCUGGAGCACCUGGGCGGGAAGCGGGCAGAGUCGGCGCGAAUGCGGCGGGCUGAGCAGCUGCGGCGCUGGCGGGGCUCGCUGACAGAGCAGGAGCCGGCGGAGCGACGAAGCACGGGGCGGCAGCCACAGACUAGGCGCGGGAGCCCCAGGGUCCGCUUCGAAGACGGCGCUGUGUUUCUGGCUGCCUGCUCUAGCGGGGACACGGACGAGGUGAAAAAGCUUCUGUCGAGAGGUGCGGACAUCAACACCGUCAACGUGGACGGCUUGACAGCCCUGCACCAGGCCUGUAUUGAUGAAAAUUUGGACAUGGUGAAGUUUUUGGUUGAGAACAGAGCCAAUGUAAACCAGCAAGACAAUGAGGGAUGGACACCCCUUCAUGCAGCAGCUUCCUGUGGCUAUCUCAACAUAGCAGAGUAUUUCAUUAACCAUGGAGCCAGUGUGGGUAUGGUGAAUAGUGAAGGUGAGGUCCCUUCUGACCUUGCAGAAGAGCCAGCCAUGAAGGAUCUUCUUCUGGAGCAAGUAAAGAAGCAAGGAGUUGAUCUAGAGCAGUCAAGAAAGGAAGAAGAGCAACAGAUGUUACAGGAUGCCCGCCAGUGGCUCAACAGUGGGAAAAUAGAGGAUGUGAGGCAGGCCCGCUCAGGAGCCACAGCCCUCCAUGUGGCUGCUGCCAAGGGCUACUCUGAAGUGCUCAGACUUCUAAUUCAAGCUGGCUACGAACUCAACGUUCAGGAUCUUGAUGGCUGGACUCCCCUCCAUGCAGCAGCACACUGGGGAGUGAAGGAGGCUUGUUCCAUCUUGGCAGAAGCACUCUGUGACAUGGAUAUCCGGAACAAACUGGGUCAGACGCCAUUUGAUGUGGCUGAUGAGGGUCUUGUGGAGCAUUUGGAGAUGCUCCAGAAGAAGCAGAAUGUGCUUCGAAGUGAAAAGGAGACACGAAAUAAACUCAUUGAGUCAGACCUGAACAGCAAGUUGCAGAGUGGACUCUUUAAGAACAAAGAGAAGAUGCUAUAUGAGGAAGAGACACCCAAGUCCCAAGAAAUGGAGGAAGAAAGUAAAGAAUCCAGCAGCUCUAGUUCAGAGGAAGAGGAAGGUGAAGAUGAAGCUUCUGAGUCAGAAACUGAGAAGGAGGCAGAUAAAAAGCCAGAAGCCACUGUCAACCAUUCCAACUCUGAAAGCAAGAGUAGUGUCAUGGAGCAGAUACCAACACCAGCUCAGAAUACCUUCUCUGCCUCUUCUGCUAGGAGAUUCUCCUCCAGCCUUUUUAACAAGCCAGAAGAGGCCAAAGAUGAAUCUCCUUCUUCAUGGAGAUUGGGACUCAAAAAAACUGGCAGUCAUAACAUGCUGAGUGAAGUGGCCAAUUCUAGAGAAGGCCUAAGGGAUCGAGGCUCUUCCAUCUACCGCUCCUCUUCAAGCCCUCGGAUCUCUGCUCUGCUGGACAACAAAGAUAAGGAAAGAGAAAACAAAAGCUACUUUAGUUCACUGGCAUCCCGGAGGCUCAGUAGCACAAAUGACAUUGAAGAAAAGGAGAACAGAGAGUCAGCUGUUAAUCUAGUGAGGAGUGGCUCCUAUACUCGGCAGCUGUGGAAGGAUGAAGCAAAGGGAAAUGAAACUCCACAGACAAUUACUCCUUCCACCUAUGUAUCAACCUACUUGAAAAGUGCUUCAUUUGGUAGAAGUAGUGACCCCACAAGUCCCUACAUUUCAGCCAAUCGCAAUUCAUCUCCUGCUACCUCACCCAUUACCAUUGGUUCAUCUACCUCUCGGGGCAGCCAGUGGCAACCUGCCUCUUCUUGCCCUGCAUCAAUCAGUGCAAACACUACUGCAUCUGUACACCAUGGCAGGACUCCUUACAAAUCCCAGGCUGACUCUACAACAGAGAAGACAGCAGAGAGUGUCUCUUGUAGCACCCCGCUCUGUGUGAUCACCAAUCGUCCUCCACCUAGCACUGCCAAUGGGGUCACAGCUGCCACUGUGCUCUCCUCUACUGGAACAGACUCCUCUGUGGAAGCCAGGGAGAAGAGGAGGUCCUAUCUGACUCCGGUACGGGAUGAGGAAGCAGAGUCUUUACGGAAAGCACGUUCCAGACAAGCUCGGCAAACUCGAAGAUCUACUCAAGGUGUUACCCUAACAGACCUUCAAGAAGCAGAAAGGACUUUCAGCCGGUCCAGGGUAGAGAGACAGGCUAGUGAGAAACCUGCAGACACUGAAGGACUGGAGGGUAGCACUGAGAAGCAAGAGCCCUCAGCUGUCCCAGCAAAGGAAGCUGGGGAAGACCAGCAACCCUGGGGCAGGAGUCUGGAUGAAGAGCCUGUCUAUCAUCGUCUGAGGUGUCCAGCUCAGCCAGACAAACCCACAAAACCAGUGUCUCCUUCUGCAUCAAGACCUUCACUCUACACCAGUUCUCAUCUGCUACGAACAAGUAGAUGUUCCAUCCCUGAUUCUGAGAGUUCAGAGAUCACUAUGAAUACUACAGCUGCAAAGGAAAUGGACAAAAAUGAAAGUGAAGAAGUGGAUUUGGAUGAUCAGUCCUCUAACAGGCUCUCCAUUCGAGAGAGGAGGCGUCCCAAGGAACGACGAAGAGGCACGGGCAUCAACUUCUGGACAAAAGAUGAGGAUGAAACUGAUGUCUCUGAAGAGGUCAAGGAAACACGGCAUGAAAGACUUUCUAGGUUGGAAUCAGGAGGUGGUAACCCUACAACCAGUGAUUCUUAUGGUGACCGAGCCUCAGCAAGAGCCCGUCGGGAAGCCCGGGAGGCUCGUCUAGCCAGUCUGACCAGCCGUGUGGAAGAGGACAGCAACAGGGAUUAUAAAAAACUCUACGAGAGUGCCCUGACUGAAAACCAAAAACUGAAAACCAAACUUCAGGAGGCCCAGCUAGAGCUAGCAGAUAUAAAAUCCAAGCUUGAGAAGAUGGCCCAGCAGAAACAAGAAAAGACCUCUGACAGAUCAUCAAUGCUAGAAAUGGAGAAACGGGAGAGACGAGCCUUGGAGCGGAAAAUGUCAGAAAUGGAAGAAGAGAUGAAGAAUCUCCACCAGCUAAAACAGAUUCAAACUUUGAAGCAGAUGAACGAGCAACUGCAGGCUGAGAACAGGGCCCUGACCCGAGUGGUGGCCAGACUCUCGGAGUCCAUCGAGUCCUCGGACACCCAGGAGCUCUAGUUCUUGCCCUUCCUCUCCACCUCACUUCCCUCCUCCACUACUCCAGGUGUUAACAGAACUGAAAUCUGACAACCAGAGGCUGAAAGAUGAAAAUGGCGCCCUCAUCAGAGUGAUCAGCAAACUGUCCAAAUAGACAAGGCUCCAGGUGUGAGAAGGCAUCUGCUGCCCUGCCCCUCAUUUCCAGCCAUUGCCUUCCAGCCAAAAGAAGUGAAUGUUUUGGUGGAAGGAAGGGGACACUUCUCUCUGACCCUCUUCAGUCACAUCCUCUGCACUGUACAUUUUCUCUGCACUCUCAAUGCCCUGUUCCUCCCACACCCUCACCCCAAGUUUUAUGACAGUUUUAAUUGAAGCAUGAUUGUGAUCAUUGGAGCCAUCUGGAAAAGACCCCUCGGAGCACACCAAGCUCAGCUAUGGACCUAAGCUUCCUGCUGCUCUCCUACUUUGUCCACAUUGGAUUUGGUCCAAACACAUAAGACAUGCCUAGCCUUUAUGCUGACCCAGUAUCCUUUAAUAUAAGUGAGUCUUGUGGUACCACUCCAGGUUCCUGUCUGGGGUGCCAAGAGAAAUGGCAGGAUGUGGAAUUAAUCAUCAGCCUCUGGAGCUGUGUUUCUUUGGAGUGCAGGGGACAGUGACCGCACUGAAGCUCUCUGUUCUUCACCUCUCAGGAACUGGCUUAUAUUUUCUCCUCAGCAACCCAGAGCCAUUCCUGACUAGUCUUAACCCCUCUUCUUCCCUCAUGCCUAACCUUUAUCCAAGGCACUGAUGGCCCUGGCCUCACUUAUUCCUUUACCUUCUAUCCUUUCGUUCUUUCUCUCCCACACCCUUGCCUCCAGAGCACUCGACCUUGGUUUUUUGUUUGUUUUGUUUUGUUUUGUUUUGACCAUUGUGGAAGAUCAUUACUCUGGAGACUAGAAAAUCAUGACUCUGGUGCUUCAUGAGCCCUGUCUAUAAAAAGUGAGACCAUGGCAGAAGUGUCAGCCUGCUAUUCACAUUUUCCACUUAUCUUCCCCCUGAAAAAUGGUUUUUCUUAUUAGAAAAUCUGGGCUCCUUAUUAGAAAAUAGCUCUUAUUAGAAAAUCUUAUUCCUUAUCAGAAAAGUAGAUACCCCAUUCUGCCUGAUCUCUCUUUGAUGAGGGAAUUUUCCUCUCUUCACCUGGUGCCUCUUGCAAAUGAGAUAUGAAGUCAUUGCAAGGAGACCUGUAAGGUGGGGAGGGCAGACUGUUGGGAGCUGGGCAGAGGGUGGAAGUUGAAAUACAUAUUUGGUGAAAGGAAAGUAUCUGAGGACACUGAAACAUGACGACAGAGAAGACAGUGUUCCACUGUGCUGUGAGAAUAGUGGUGGAUUGGAUUGUUUCUGGUGGUUAGAUUAAGGGAAGAGAUAUUUGCAUUCUUAGAAGUUAUCAGGAGACAUGGUUGCUUGAUGAGGUUUAAAGGGAAGAAGUCCUUUUAACGCAUGAUGAGGGUCAUGGAAUUUUAGAGUGGCAAGGCCCAGAGGUCAUUUGGUCCAGCUUUCCAUUUUUGUGUCACAGGGACCCCUGCUACCGCUUUGACCCAUAGUUAGAUAGCCUCUGGUGGCUGUGCACUUACUACUUGAGGUUUGAGCAACUCUAAUCAGAGUUUCUCCUAAGACCAGCUGAAGUCUGCCUGUAGGCCAUGUCUACCCUUCAUAGCUCCUUGAAGUGAGAGCACUUCAGAUCCAUGUGGAUGGUGGUCUCUUCUUCACCUGACAUCAAUCCCACACUGCCCUAGUCUUUUCAGUCACUCCUCAUGUGACAUGCUUUUCAUACCUGUCAUCUUGGCCAUCCUGCUUUAGACAAAACAGCCUUUUAAGAUAUCUUUCCCAGACCUUCACAGAGUACUCCAUAACCCCAGCGCACAGUUCAAUCAUUAGUUCUCCAUGAGACAAUUAAGGCAUAUAGUAUUUGCUUUUUGGAGGAGUUGCAUCCCUUGGUUCACCUUGAGUGUGCAGGUCACUUAGAGCCUCAUUGUAGGGUUGCCAGUGAUACUCAGUGCUGGGAGCAGUCUGUGAUACCUCUGUCUGUCAUUGUCUUCUGAAAGUGUCGAUGGUGUUCUCGAUAGUCCUCUGGAAUGCCCAUGCUCUUUUCUCAGAAUCUAUAAUUCAGGAACAGUUCCAGAAUAGUAGCCAUGCCUCCUCUGGUAGAACCUCACUUUUAGAGUAUAUAAGAUUCUCUCUUCUGUUCCUGCCUCUUUUUUUUUUUUUUUUUCAUUUUUUUUCCAGGAGAAGCUGCUCCUAUCUUGGAAUUUUAUAUUAUAAUGUGGGUAUUGUAAGCUCAAUUCUCAGGGAAUGCUGGAUUAGAGUGAGAAGUGCCAUAUCUUCCACUGUAAGCAUAUCCUUCAUUCGGGGGAAAAGAAAUCAACAAGGAUUGGCUAAUUGAUUCUCCUGGUGCCUCUUGGAUAUGGAGGAAGUGGAGCUGAUUGCCUCUUAAGAAAAGAAAACCAGAUUAUUAGGAAAUAUUUGUUAUUCUUCUCAGUUCCUUAGACCGAGUAAAGGAAUUGCAGAAUUCCCUCAGAUCCCUUUGUGCCUUUUAAAGUAUUGGAGGCAGGUUCUCAAAACUCUUGAAUUGGUGUCUCUCCCCCGCUGCUCUACAGCAGCCUUUCAUGUCAAAGGUCUCUUCUUGCCAGGAGUCUUUCCUUGUGUCAAGAAGUUUACAAGCUUUUUAAUCUCAGGAAUACUGGAUUCUAUGGCCAAGAACUCAGAAAGUGUGAACCAUAGUUCACACUAAGGUACAAUUUCCUGAAUUCACUAUUUCAGGCAAUUGUUCUUAUGCCAUUGAUUUUAUUAGAUAACAUUCUGAAUCCUGUUCUCCUAUAGAGAAUAAAACGUCCUUUCGUCACAGCUGUAUUGACUGGAAGCCAUACAAGGUGCUGGGUGUAGGCCUUUUAGUAGCAAGUUACCUACUAUUGGUCUCCUCAGUCUCCACUGCCCUCUGCAUCCUUGCCUGCUGGUUUGGGAACUCAUGAGCACCCCAGCAGCUCAAGCUAAGUGAGUAGCAGCAGGCUGGCCAGCAGCGAGAGGCUCAGCUCUGUCACUUUAGUCUUGACAGGAAGACUGUCAAGACUGUCUGGAAAAGAGAAUUUCUCAGUUCAACUUCACACCCUCUGUUCCCACUGACUUGAUAUUUUUCAAUAGCCAAGCCACACCUUUGGGAGUAACGAUUGAGGAUUCCAGAGAUUCUCUGGCUAAAGUUUGCCUAUUUGUCUUUCAGAGGCUGCUGAUCCUUUUCAGAUAGCCCAGUCCUUUUCAGAAGCCCCAGGUGUGAUGACCCCAGCCCCAUCCUAAUCUCUAGCAUAAGGCUGUGCAUAUCUCAGGGUACAGCUACUAACAAUUCUGAACAACAGACAUGUCCCAGGUGUCCUUAGAACAUUCGAUUCUCCACUAGGCCAAUCUCAUUGGCUAUCUCCUAGAUACUCCCUUGCUGUCUAUCCAGCUGCAGGAUAUUUGCAUUUCUCUUCUGUGCUUUUCCAUGUUUAACGAGAUCUAGAUGCAUUUGAUGCUCUCGAGGCCGCUGGUGGGUUUCAUAUCUCUGUUUGGAACAUUUCACUUCUUCUCCCUAUCCCAAACAAAGCAUGUGCUUAUUUGACAGUUACACCAGGAAGCAAGGAGGCUACAAUCCUACUUAAUAGCUGUGGAUCCCACACAAGACUGGGUGAACUACCAGCUGCUUCUCCGCCAAGAGCAUUUAACUGAUUUCAGAGAUGAGGAAGGAGAAAUUCUCAGCCAUGCACUUUGCUGUGCCUCUGGAUGUCUGGCAACUUUGCAGCAUCUCUUAGCCAAAGAAAGACACCAUCUCCUCUCAGAGAAAAGCCAGUUGUUUCUGGCCAGGCCACUGUGCAGAAGGUCCCCACAGUGUUGGCACUCUUUAGGAGAUGGGCCUGGGUGAGCAGACACCUGGGGAAGAGAAGACUGUUCUACGUGUUGUGUUAUUCUGCUUCCAGCCACUUCACACCUUAAAGGGAGGCCUACAGGUUCAGCAACAAGGCCCAUGGAAAGGGGGAGUUCCUGUCUGCCCCAGCAAGUGAGUCACUACUGCAGCUGAACAGUGAGGGAUCACCAGGAGUCCAGAGUCCUUCUCUUCUGGAUACCACCAGGGCCACUGAACCCCAUCAUUUAUGCCCACACUGCACUUACCUUGGCACACAAUCUCGUCAGUCAGAGGUCCCUGCUCAAAUCUAAGCCCAGAUCUCUCUCACUAUUCUGAUUUUUAAGGCAGGUUCAGACCCCCUCAAAGAUUUGGAUUCCUGUGACCCCGUAAAUGAGGCAGCUGUGAGGGGAGAAUAGGCGACAUGAAAGGGUAAACCCCCAGGAACCUGAACAUCAGUGCUGGGGUCAGCUCUUCUAUUAGCCGUGUGACCUUGGGCAAGAUUACCUUUAAAUUCUCUUGGCUUAAAAUUCUGUGAUUUAUUCAUUCUUAGGAAGAACAGAACAUUUCUUAUACUUGGAAUUUCUGCUUCAAAAAUUCCUUCUUUUUAACCUCAAAAAUUCAAGAGCAAAAAUUCUUGUUUUCUUCCAAUUCAAACUGUUUAACAUCAGCUCGUCAAGACUGACUUCUCAUCCUUGCUGGAAAGUGAGUUUGGUAUUAAGGAUAAUUGAGUGGUGUUGCAAUUGCUUUCCCUCCUAAUGUUUUGGUAAGAAUAUUAAAACCUGCAGAGGUGGAAAUUGGAGCUCAUAGGGAAAUGGAUAGAAAGUAAUUUGUUGUAGGCAGCCUUCAGACAAAUUGUUUUAAUAGGAAAUAGAGCUGCCGCUUCACAGGUCCUCAACCACCUUUCCUCGGCUUCCUCAGACAUGGCCUACUCUGCCUCUUCGCCCCAGACAGACAAAUUGAUUGCAUUGCUGCUUAGCACGAGCUGGUCCCUGGUCUUGAACUCUGUCUUGCAACAGCAAAGGAAUUUUCCUCAGUAAAAAAAAAAAAAAAUUAGUUCCUUUGAGCUCCUCUGGAUUCUGGUCUCUCAGAAGUAGGAAGUUCUGGUUCUGUUCAAGGCAGGCUUUCCUUUAUAGCAGGUCUGCAAACGAGACCAGCAAAGUCAGAAGCAUUUACAAACCACACUGCCAUGUUGCACAGAGCAGCACUCAGCUCUUGCAAGACUCCUGUGGGUCUAGUGUGAGCCCAGUGAAAGGGCAAAGACCCUGGGUGGGGAGGUGGCCCCCAGGCAGCAUUGGAAAAGAGACAGGCAGGGCUUUGAACGUGGAGCAGGGUAGAGGUUGCAAGCACUGGGAGGGAAGGAAGGAGGGAGCAAAGCUUCAGCGUGGAAAUGAGCUGUGAGCUGGUGACUUUAUCCUCAGCCUCCAGCUGAGCUGAGAUUCUAAUCAGCUUCCCUAAUGGGUAUUGACACUGCUCAGGAGGAGACCCUAUCAGGGACAGGUAUUGAUCGCUGUGUUCUGAUUAGAUUGGAAAAAUAGAUCAACUUCACUACAUCCCAGGAAGUCAUUGCCACAGCUACUAAGGAAUGAGGUGUUUUUUGAAAUCUGAGAAAAAACAGCAGAGACUCUUGACCUGGCAGCCAGCUGCAGCAUAGUGAAAGAAGAUGUGCUCACUACUUAAGAGCGGACAUCGAGGGUCAGAGUUGAACUGAGGAAUGGCUUGCAACCCAAUCUCUGGAAACCUGCAGAAUUCCUAGGGAAGAACAGUUGAUAAGAAGCAGGGGUGUCUAAAGACCACAGCACUGAUGCGUGUUCUGUCUGGCUUUCCUUACAAAGGCUUGACAAUUUGAGGGUCCUCUUCUAGUCUGAGUGCAUAGACACGUACGUACAUGCUAGCUCGGAGCUUCCAAAAUGAGGUCUCGCAUGUUCUUGAUUAGAAAUGAGAACUCAGAAACCAAUUUUAUUCAAGUAUAUUAUUCUAUCAGUUCAUAUUUUUGGCCUUUCCCCCUCCCUUCCAGUCCCCCAAAGGACUUUUCUCUCAUCUGCUUAUCAUUUUGGACUGUGAAUCUGCCAGAGUGAUAUUUUGUUAUUUCUCCUCCAAAAUUUCCCCUAAUGCUGCCAAUAAGAUUUUAUGUGGGUGGCCUUUAAGUUGACAUCAGGAUGCUCUUAUGUCCUUCCAGUAAACAUACUUCACCCUUCCUCUCCCUUUCAUCUUCCUCCAUGUUCUUUUUCUUUGCUUUUCUCACGUGGACCUGAUGGUGCUUAAGAAAAAGAGGUGUUCCCUAAUCAGCCAGGAUUCCUGGAGUUUCACAUCCAACAGCCACCUCUGCCAUCCCCCUUCCCAUUUCAAAGAUUGCGGACUGUGCUAAUGGCCCCUCGUCACCCUUUGGGUUCCUUCCUAGCCUGGCCAAGGAGACCAGGUAGCAUGUCUGGUUUAUCCCGUCUUUGUCCUGAGAGAGCUGACUGGUUCCAGCUUAAGGCAAAAGUGUCUUCUCUGCACACCUGGACGGGCCUGGCAGUGCAUCUGGCGGUGGCAGCUCAGCCCACUUCUGCCUGCAGGAUAGGGGAUUCGGAGAAGGCAUGUAACUGGGGAAGCUGGUGAGAGCCUCUGGUGUGGUCCCGGGACAGAGCACAAAUCCUGAACAAGGGACUUGUGAGGGUCAGCACGAGCUCGACUCCCCCAAAAUACACCUGCUCUUGCUGUCCCUCCCCCAAGACGAGCCGACUUCAGCUUGUCCUCUGGUGCAGAGGGCCAGGUGAAGAGAAAUUGGGGGGAAAAGGACACUGGGCGGCAAGCUGCAGGGCACGGGAGGGUUCAAGAAGACACAGCCAUCCAAAGCACACCCUUUUCUAGCCAGCAUCCCUUGAACUCCCGAAAGGUUGGACACCACCCAGCUGGUUCAUGAAAGAGGCUGGACUUCCCCAAGGAGGGAAGGAGUGUGCUUCACCUUGCCUCCCUCUUCUAGGAGAGAUGUGUCCUCUUCUCAAUUGAGUGGUUCAGAUUCAGGCUUUGACUUUAUGGUUUUCUCCCUCUUUUCUUGCCUCUGCCCCUACCUUGAUCAGACAGGGGUGAAAAGAGCUCAUAAGAACCACCCUGGUGUCUCCACACUGAUCCCACCUCAGUGACAGCACCGUGUGUCUUUACUCUUUCCACCCUUCCUUCCGCACCUUACUUCCACACCAGAUGUAAACUGUUCUUCAGCUGAGGUGUGUGGAUUAACUUUAGUCUGUUGUAAAUACACCUGGGGAGGGGGCCAUUUCGGGAGGGGAAGCCGGAUUUGCUUUGUGAACUGAAUGUAUUUUUAUGCAAUUUUGAGUGGCCUUUCAACCCUGAGAUAUGGAUGAUUUUGUUUUACUGGUUGUUAUUAUAUAGCAUUAAGUAUUCUGUGUUUGAAAGUUUGGUAAUAAUAAUAUUCACAUCUAUAUGAUGCCUGUAAACACAACAGUAUUUAUAAGUGAGUAAAUAAAACUGUGUUUUAACUUUG